GCCUUUCGCCGGCUGCUUGUGAAACGAUGGCGAAAGGCGUGAGAGCGCUCUACGCCGCAGCGGCGACGGGCACGCCGAGCGACGACAAGACGGCCGCGUUCGCCGACGCGUGCGUCGCGCUGGCCAAGUCUCAGGCGGCUUCGGAUGGCCUCGCCCAGCUUCUCCUGCCCGCAGCAACGUUCAAGGGCAAGGACGUGCCCGCGAACAAGCUGGCGCUGCUCCAACUGCAGGUGCUCUGUCGCUUGGCGCUGCAAGCGGUUGCGAAAGAAGACCCAUGGUCCAAGGUGCAGAAGAAGGAGCUCGUGUCGCUGCUCUCGCUCUUGGCGAUGACCAUGGACGCUGCCUCGAUGCAGAGCAGCAGCCACGAGCAGCUGCAUCAUGAACAUUCGGCGUUUUCGUGGUUUGUCCUCGACACGAUCGCGUCAAGGUUCCAGCGUCUCGUGCCCAAGACAAUCAAGCGGCUUUUGAAGGAGCUGGAGAUCGAAGCGACGGAGUCCAAGCCGGCCCCGGCGUUAAAGCUGCCCCUCACGCUACCCAAGGAGCUCGUGAAGGAGCCCAUGACGCGGCAGUCGAGCAAUGACUAUGUCAUCGCUGCCGUGUUGAGCCAAGAGGCCACGUCGCACACGGCCGCGACCAACCCACUGCCCGUCCAACAGCUCGGCUCGUUCAAAGAAUUUCUGCUGCCAACGGUCAAGCCACUUGUCAAGAGCACUCUGCUCAACAGGUCGACGUCGCUCCCGGUCCCGAGGAGUCAGUCCGAGUUCGACUCGCCUCGGGCCGCCAACGAGCCACCACCGCCCGCCAAGCUCCAGCCCAUGGUCAUGAAGACGCCCGACCGACCGCAGCGUCCGGCAGCCAAGAAGCGCCUCGUCCUCGUGGCGUCGUCGCCGCCUCUCCGCCGCCCGGUGAAGCGCAACAUCUCGGCGCUCAGCCUCCUCAAAAAGCCCGACCAACCGUAGCGUUGCGGAAUGCUCCUUAGUCGUCUAGUACAUACCUUCUACUACUCUAC